UACAGUAGUUGGGCAGAAAGGAGGAUAGUAGGAUACGGAUGUGUGUUCUUCAUUACUGUUGACAUAAGUUAUAUGGCGUAAUAAAAGUACACGUCGUUGGCCUGGAAUCAGCUCAUCUUGUCCCCACCGCCUAUCAUUCUUUGCUGAGAUAUGUGAUGAUGCUGUCCUAAACCACCUCUUCCGGGUCGUCGUCGUUGUCAUCUUUUCUCUAUAUUCCCACCUGGUACCUUCAAAAUCUCAGUUUUUGCGAGUUUACAUCUGUUUCUUGUUUUUUUUUCCCUUCAAAGUUGUCAUUUUUAAUUACUCAUCAUAUACGGAGUAUUUCUUAAGUUCAUGUGUGUUGAAUGGUCCCACCCUUAAUUAACAGCAGCUUUGUGGGAUUCUGGAAUGUUACUGUGUUUAACUUUGGACUGGUGAUUGUGGUUUUUGACUUUUUGGUAGUAAUUGAUGUUCACUGUGAUUGGAAGCUUUCGUUUUUAGUGCACUAAUGAAUUGAGUUUGAACUUCUGGUUGUCUGUUUUUGAGAUUCUCUGUAGUUCUGUUUCAGUGCAAAGUCCUUUGAUUUCUAUAAGUGGAGGGACAGUUUUACGGCAAGGGAAAGAUUGGUUUGCUUGAUUAGAAUUUGGACGGGCCGUCCCCCAACUAUGGGAUGGUGUGGGUUCCGCUGAGAGGGGGGCUUGGGCCCGUCUUGUUCGGGAAUUCUGAAGGGUAUUCAAGGGUCGUCGUCAUCCUUGGCCCAGCAGAUAUUGGAGGCUGCUGACCUAAAGGCACCCACUACCCCAAACAAGUCCUCAUUUUUAACAACCCCUUGCAACAUAACUAUUAGCACCACGGUUUUUACUUUUGAUGUUUGAUGCAAAUAUGGUGGAGAUGGGAAACAUUUCGGAGUAUAGAGAUCGUCUUGACAAGACAUUGUCAUGCCAUGAUCUUGUAGACAAGGAGGUACUUGAGCGCCUCGUUAAGAAUCAAUUCUUAAACUCAUCAAAUUUUGAAGCAGCAGUGUUUGUAGACAAAGUGGUAGAAAGAAGAACCAAUGAGUUAGCCGCAACGCUAGGAAUGUUGAGAAGUGCCUCGUUAGCCGAGGGAGAUGAGUCAAAGCUUUCCAAUGUUUCACAUGGUGGUUGGAAAAUAAAGCAGGAUGCAGAAGACUAUCGUGUUAUGUAUAGAGAAGGAGCUGAAGGCACUCCUUUUCAUACACUCUUAGUUGAGGGCUUUGUAGAUGGUCCACUUGAUGUUUGUCUUUGCAUCUCAUGGGAAGCAGACCUGUACAAGAAAUGGUGGCCCCAAACUACAGUUCCAAGUUUUAAAGUGUCUUACUCUCAAUGUUUACAGAAGGUCAGAGUUGGUGAACAAAUAUCUGUAGUAAGAAAGGAUGAAGCUUCCAUGGCCACUAUCGACAAGGGAGGCUCUUAUACACUUCUUUGAAUUCAACUAUUUUCAAGAAGAUCUCACAGUUGUGCUCCUCAAUUCGAUAUCAGACUUUAAGAAUGUUGAGUACAGUAGUCAUGGAAUCUGCAGAGAUGGAGUGACUGAUGCAGAUGAUGUUGUGAGGAUUGAUGUGGUGGGAGGCUUUGCUAUGCAGAAAGUUUCUACUAACCGAAGCUACUUCCGCAGUAUUGCCAACAUGGAUAUCAAAUUGGAUUUUGUCCCUCCAGCAUUAAUCAAUUUUUUUUCAAGGCAGCUCAUUGGUAGUGGAUUCAAGCUUUAUAAGAAGGAAGUGGCUUCUGUUUCCAUUGGUGAUGAAGACUUUAGCAAGGCUUUAAAGGGUCUGCAGUACAACCGAAUCCGUGAGGCUCUUUAUUCAGAUAGUAAAUCUAAUGGGGAUUUUGAAGUGCAAGACCGGGACAAAAACAAUGAUUCACAAACAAAUGUAACGAAUGAACAUGAAGUCCAGUGCGAGAAGAUUUGUGGUGAGAUCGAGGAAAAUAAUGAGGAAGACAAUGGAGAAGCAAGGGCUGUUAAUAAGUGCUAUCAGAAACAAGAUUCCCCUAGGAAGAAUCAAAUCACAGAGGAAGUCUCCAUCUCUGAAAUCAAGAAAGUGGGCAUUAGCCCCGAGGUUCAGCAAGCCCUAGCAACAUUAGAAAAGGCCAUUUCUUUCAUUCGUAACUCAAAUACUAUCAGAUCUACAAUACAAGCUAACAUAGAAAACUCACAAGGUAGUGAUGAAACAAAAGAUUCUAAGUUUUCUAGAAAGGAAUCCACAGAAAUUACUGCCUCACCUGAACAUAGGAUCAACUCCGGCAAUCAUAUUUCCAGGCAUACAGGUUCCAUUUCGCCCCCAAGGGAAACUAACCAUAAUAAGAUAGCACCAGUCUCAUCACCAAGUGCAUAUAUUGCCAAUUCUAGUGAGCUUCAUUGUGCUGAUUCACAUUCCUUGGGAGAUCAGAAAGUAGCUGGAAUGCCUUUACAGAACAUAAUAAUGGAGGAUAAUAACCUGAACUCUACUAAUGUAAAUUCCAUCACCAAAGAAGAUAUGUCUGGUAGAAGAAAAUCUAGAGAGCAGAGAUACUGCUGCUGUACUUUACUUUCUAUAAAGCAGAUUUCAACUUAAGAGAUUAGAAAUUCUGUUUUUUAAUAACAAUAAAAUCUUUCACGGGCAAAAUGCAUGUAAGAUGUAUCUAUUCUGAGCAUUGUAGGAAUGUGGCAGGCAGGUCCUAGACAGAAACCCUGGAACCUGUGAGCAGGCUGUCCAAUACGGAGAAUCCUUCGGCCCUUGACUUUGUCGGAGCCUUAUGUAAUUGGUUUUGAAUUGUGUGAUACUAUUGAUGAAGUUAAAG